AUGCGUCAAUCAACUAAUUCAUCUCAAGAACAAAACGAAAAAGCAAUGUCAGCUAAUUCGAUAUUUCUCAUUGCUUUAUUGUCAUACACAUUGAUAAAUCAAUUAGGCAUAACCAAAUCAAAUCCAUGCAAGUAUUGCCUACGAUUGUACGAUGGAACGUAUGAGAAUGGUUCAUAUACUGACGUGUACAAAAGCGUUGGCUCACUCUCACCACCAUGGAUACCUGGAUCUGUUUGUGUACCUUUGAUACAUGAUUCGAAGGGACAGCCACCAUAUUGGCGUUUAUAUGAGUACGUUUCCAGAUCAAAUCACUUUAAUGAUUAUGUUUAA